AUGGCAAAGAAGAAUGAGAAAGUAAAGGUACCCAGAAGGGAGGGAACGACCACCAGUAACAGGCUGAAGAUAAAUAAGAAGAACGUUUCGAAGAAUAGCGGAAAGAUGAAUAAAAAGCAGAAUCAACUACAAAUAAAGCAACUCGACAAGCUUGACUUGGAAAUAACUGAUAUUAACUCUGUUGUUAAAACCAAACUGAAUCCUGUAUCAAGUCUUGAAAGUCAGAAGAUGAAGCUUCAUUACAAAGAGGAUAAAAAGAUAGUAGAAGAUCAUGAUAAAGUGAAAAAAGCCACUGAAAAGAAUAUUGAGGAUCAGCUAGAACUGAUAUCGGGCUUUUCUUUAUGA